AGGAAAAGGAGAAGCGCGGAAAACCCGGAUCCGACACAUAACAACUGAAGGGCGGAAAAGGGCCCGUAGCGUCCUGAUGGUGACAGAAAUAGCGACACUAGUAUAGCACGGAUUGAUCUCUAAACCUAAUGAAAAUAACAUGAAUCUCAGGAUUAUACCCAUAUCGACUGUAUCGCAUCCUUCUCAUUUUGGCCCCCUUGACUCGCAAUCAUCGGGAGUCCACGAGUCCGCUGCGGGACGCCGGCUCGCUCCCAAUCCUUUGCCCCGGGGGUCAAAUGAGCAGUCCUCUAUGACAGUGGGAGCCACGCCGGUCAGGCCAAAUAUUGAGAGUCGAGAGUCAGUUAUCUGAUUUCGUCAAGCCUGCCGAUCGCGCAGAGACUGGUAGCGACUUAGGACCGGUGGACCGCCAGUUAGGAG